GGGAAGGAACGCAGCAGGGGUAUAUAUAGUAUAUACACAUUGCCAAGUCAUGGAGGAGGUAGAUUUGCAAAUGUCGAGUCUACGUGCUCAGUUAGAGGAGUGCAAUGCGCAAAUGACAAGGCUUGACCAGGAGGUAGAGGGGAUGCAUAAGGAAAUUGGCGGCCUGGUACCGGAUCCCGACAGCUUUGAAAGGUUACAGAGCCUCUUUAGCAGACUGGAGGAGCUGGAAGAUGCGGAAAAGGGCGGUAGGGACAAUUUCCCGCAUGAAGGGCGGGUGUUGGUGAGCACGGGCACGGAAACGAGGAAGAGCGAGGCUUCGCUUGGGCAAGAGGAUGCACAAAGUAUUGAGCAGAUUGAUGCGGCGCUUUCGGAUGAGAGGGUCAAAUGGCAGGAGUUGCGUUCGACGCUGGCGAAGAGGAGCAGGGCCGUCUCUCUUCUCUCGCGGAAGGUCGACGAGGUGCCAGUCCGCGCAGAGCUGAUGCAGUACGAACGGCGAUUUGUCGAACUGUCCGAAGAAAUUCGGUGGAAGCUUCAGGAGACUCGCAAGUACUACGCGACCUACAACUCCUUGAUGGACAGCAACAAGGUUUUGGAGAAGGAAAUCUCUUUCCUUGGCUCCAUUCAAAGUCGAUUCGAUCAGGCCAUAGCGACACCCCAAGGGAGAGAGAAACUCCUUGAGUCCUUGUCGGCGAUUGCUGCGAGCGUGAAGGAAUCGGAACAGAAGGCAGAGCAGAAAGUGAAGGGGGAGCAGGAGGCGCUGAGCAUGGUGAAAAACAGACAUGCAACGGCAGUCGCAGCACAGAGACAGUACUUUGCUCUUCUGAAGCAGCUGCAAGAGGAGUGCACACGAGGAGAGCGUCUUCAUCAAACACUGCAGAAGAAGGCUAUGGAGGCAGCACCCUCCUGCUGAAAAUGAUGGCCGGAGAUUGCAAGAAUAUC